AUGGAACUGGCUGCUGCAAUAGGCGGCUUUGUAAGCCUUGGAUUACAACUGUCUGAAAGCAUCAUCACGUAUUACGACGGAUGGCGAAAUUGCAGACAAGAUGUGGACGAUGUCUGUAAUUCCGUGGGAGAGAUGCGUCAGAUGCUAGCGACUUUGGCAGAAGCGGUAAGGCGGCGGACUCUGAACGGCUUUGACGAGACAGCAGUCUUCAAGCAUGCAUUGCAGCGAUGUGAAACAACCAUGCGCAGGUUGGACAGGAAGGUUGCAAAGGUCAAGGACAACACGGCGACGGGUGGCUUUCGUGCUCGCACCAGGUUCGAGUGGGAAAGGGUUAAGUACCCGCUAAAAGAAAGUACUAUUUUAAAACUUCGAGAUCUUCUUCACGAACAGAAACUGGAUCUAGUUCUCAUUCUCAAUGGCUUGAAUCUUGAUGCAUCAUCUGCCGAAUUAGAUACUAUCACCCAGAACAUGUCUCGGUUGUCCUGUGAUAUCUCUCAAAUAAAAGCAUACGUGGGACAGAACAACGAAAUGCUAGAAACGUCACGUCAAGCCAUCACAGAGCUGGAGCAUAAAAAAGUCCUUGAAUGGAUUUAUAGUGAAGAUCCAGUCGGUCGUGGGAAAACAAUUUUGUGCUCUGCAAUAAUCGAGCACCUCCAAUCCUUCUGUACAGCAAACACCGACAAUGUCCUUCUAUUUUUUUUCUUUUCAUUCGCUGAUGCCCAUCGGCCAAAUCAUCUUCUUUGCCUCUCGUCAUUAUUAAGACAAAUGUGCGCGGAUGACCGAAUCUUCCGAGAUGUCAUGAACUUAUACAAGAAGUUCAAUGAACCUGCUACAAGGAGCAAUCUGCAAUACCAGGACAUUGAGCUCGCACUAGAUUCUGCCUUUGCGUCCCUUGAGCGAUGCAAAAAGAUACACAUUAUCUUUGAUGCCCUCGAUGAAUUACCCAAUGACGCUGACGAAUUCCAAAGAAGCCGUGUGCUUGAUUGGGUUAUAAAAACUUCUACACGCUUUCGGCACGUACGCAUUUUAAUUGCGAGUCGAAGUAACUCUAUCUCUCAAGCCAUUGAAGGCUGUGCAGGUUCUAUCCCGUCAAUGGAGAUUGCCACAAUUGACUCGAUGAGUAACCGCGAGGACAUGUUCCUGUAUCUCGAAGCACAACUUGAGAAAAAUUGUGUACUGGGCAAAAUCCCUGGCGAUUUUCUCUCCCAGCUCUCCAAUGACAUGAUCAGGUUGUCUGAUGGAAUGUUUCAAUGGCUUCAUCUUCAGAUUGUAGAGCUCACGAAACUGCCUAACCCUCGGAUAAAAGACAUCCACCGAGUCUUGAAAUCAAUGCCAACGAGUCUGGACGACACAUACGUCAGAAUGCUACAGGGCAUUCAUUACGUCUUUUCAAAGGAAGCAGCAAACGCCCUCAUGUGGCUUUCAAUUUCCUUUGAGACCACUCCGCCUGCAGAAGAAGACAGACUACAGGGAGAAGGCAUUUUGCCGUGUUUGUCCGAACUUGUCCGCCGGACUGAAAUUGAUCGCAACUGUCUGGUUCUUUCCCAUUUCUCAGUCAAAGAGUUCCUCACCUCGGAAGCUCUGAAGAAUAGCCCUCAUUCGUCAUAUGGGUUUGAUGAGAACUCAGCGCAUGCUUCAAUUGCGGAAAGCUGCAUAGCAUACAUCAAUUAUUGCUAUUGCAGUAAUCAUAAAAGAUGUACAUGGACGGACCUUGAACAGUUUCCCUCUCUUGAAUAUGCAUGUCGUUACUGGUUCAAGCAUCUAACAUCAGCUGGAAAGAAAGAUGAAACGAAGCUGGCUCCUUUAGCAUCCACAUUGCUUCAUUCUGGCGAAGAGUGGGAGUACACCCUUCUGAUAUAUAACCAUUUGGAUCCUAAUCCACCCUUCGAAUAUUCGCGUCGAAGACGGCAUCUCCGCUCGCCUUUAGGGUGGGCAUGUGUCCUAGGCCUUGAGUCAGUGGUCAAACUUCUGUUAUCAGAAAAGAGUGAUCUCAAUCUGAUACAAGACAUCGAGUUCACUCUGGAGAUUUGUCCUCCACACGCCGAUGAAUUACCCAGCUUGCGUGCUUUCUUGCCGUCCAGCGGUACCGCCCUCACGAUAGCAGUCGAAUUUGGGCAUACUUCAAUAGUGGAACUCCUCCUUGAUAAGGGCGCUGAUAUAGACGCCGAGGGAUGUGGAGGUGAUACCGCCUUGUCAGUUGCAUGCAAAGAUCGAAACGAAGACCUGGUCAGAUAUCUCCUGAGAAGAGGUGCCACUCCACAUUGUCAUUGUCUAGCUGCCGCGGUAUUGGUGGAGGCCGAGUCGAUUUGUGAAAUACUAUUAGCCGCUGGGGCCUCAGUGAAUGAGGAAGGGAAGAAAGAUACCCCAUUGAUGGUAGCAGCCAUGCAUGACAAUUGUGAGAUGUGUCAAUUUCUCCUAGACUUUGGCGCAGAUAUCAACUACCAGACGAAUCUUUCCGAAUACGAAAUACGCCUUAAUGGUCCGAAUGAUGCUUUGGCUACAGCAGUAUAUUAUGAGAAUGUUCAGACGGUGAAAUUCCUUCUUUCUAAUGGGGCUCACAUCAGAGGCAGUGCUCUGUUGUUUUCUUUAACUGGACAAGACGAUGGACCCACAGCUAAGCUCCGUGAGAUCUGCCAUAUUCUGAUUCAGCAUGGGGCGGAAAUGAAUCCAGAUUUCGAGGGGAAUUUUAAACCGCCGCUUGCUAUGGCCCUCUCUAAUGGGUGGCUGGAUAUUGCUCGAUUCAUGAUAAGCAAGGGUGCUCUGGGUGACCCGGGGAAUUCUAGCUACCUUUUGGGAGGUAACAUAUUACUCGAAGCUGUCUCUAGCGUCGAUAUGACCCGUGAGCUUCUGUCCCUGGGCGUUGACGUUAAUUGUCCAAUUGUAGCUGUUGACUCUUGGUCCUUGGAAGAUGUGUUCGACGCAUGCAACUUCACUACAGCCCUCCAAGCCGCAGCAUAUCAUGGACAUGUUGACACCGUGAAACUGUUACUCGAGAAUGGUGCCGAUCCAAACAUCCGUGGUGGGCGAUUCGGAAAUACUUUGCUUUCCCUUUUCGCAGGGGCUUAUCACGCCAUGGUAACUAAAAUCAUCGACUUACAGCGGCAAGCACGGAGACACGCCCUUAUAAAAGACAAUACACUACAGAUUUAUGAGCUAUUGCAGGAGCGAGGUGUCGAUAACAUUGCUCCGUGGAAUUUGCUGGAUGGGCUUGCGAUCUGUGAAUGCGCACUUGGGAUCAAAUAUUCAAAAAUCGAGGCCGAUAUUGUUAUUCCUAGGCCGAUUGAGGAGAAAUUCUCUGCCAUUCCCUCUGAUCAAAUCUAUCUUAUAGUUAGGGCGGAUACUGGUGAAGAAUGA